CCGCGCUCGCUUACCCUGCGCCUGCGGAGCGCCCUGCAGACCCGGCGGAGCGUGGGCGCCACCGCUGACUCCCGUGGUCCUGGGCUUUCAGCGGAGUGCGGCCGGCUCCGCGCUACCGCCGCCCUGGCCCAUGGGCAGAGUCGGCCCAGUGGGCCGGCGUUAAUCCAAAAAGAUGUCCCUAUACGAUGAUCUGGGAGUGGAAACCAGUGAUUCAAAAACAGAAGGCUGGUCCAAAAACUUCAAGCUUCUGCAGUCUCAGCUUCAGGUGAAGAAGGCAGCGCUCACUCAGGCAAAGAGCCAAAGGACAAAACAAAGUACCGUCCUUGCUCCUGUCAUUGACUUGAAACGAGGUGGCUCUGCAGAUGACCGGCAGAUUGUGGACACACCACCACAUGUUGCAGCAGGCCUGAAGGACCCUGUUCCCAGUGGGUUUUCUGCAGGAGAAGUUCUCAUUCCUUUAGCUGAUGAAUAUGAUCCUAUGUUUCCUAAUGACUAUGAGAAAGUAGUAAAGCGCCAAAGAGAGGAACGACAGAGACAGCGGGAGCUGGAGAGACAAAAGGAAAUAGAAGAAAGAGAAAAGAGGCGUAAAGACAGACAUGAAGCUAGUGGAUUUUCAAGGCGACCAGAUCCAGAUUCUGAUGAAGAUGAAGAUUAUGAGCGGGAGAGAAGAAAAAGAAGUAUGGGAGGAGCUGCUAUUGCACCACCUACUUCUCUUGUAGAGAAAGACAAAGAGUCACCCCGAGACUUUCCUUAUGAAGAGGACUCAAGACCUCGAUCACAGUCUUCCAAAGCUGCUAUUCCUCCCCCAGUGUAUGAGGAACAGGACAGGCCAAGGUCUCCAACUGGGCCUGGCAACUCCUUCCUUGCUAACAUGGGUGGCACAGUAGCACAUAAGAUCAUGCAGAAGUAUGGCUUCCGGGAAGGCCAGGGUCUGGGGAAGCACGAGCAGGGGCUGAGCACCGCGUUGUCGGUGGAGAAGACCAGCAAACGGGGUGGCAAGAUCAUUGUGGGUGAUGCCACGGAGAAGGGUGAGUCUCAAGAUGCAUCAAAGAAGUCUGAUUCAAAUCCAUUAACUGAAAUACUUAAAUGUCCUACUAAAGUGGUCCUAUUGAGGAACAUGGUUGGUGCAGGAGAAGUUGAUGAAGAUUUGGAAAUUGAAACCAAGGAAGAAUGUGAAAAAUAUGGCAAAGUUGGCAAAUGUGUGAUAUUUGAAAUUCCUGGUGCCCCUGAUGAUGAAGCAGUACAAAUAUUUUUAGAAUUUGAGAGAGUUGAAUCAGCAAUUAAAGUUGUUGUUGAUCUGAAUGGGAGGUAUUUUGGUGGACGGGUAGUAAAAGCAUGUUUCUACAAUUUGGACAAAUUCAGGGUCUUGGAUUUGGCAGAACAAGUUUGAUUUUAAGGACUAGAGUCAUCUCCGAGAUCCUUGAAUGAGCUAUGGACUGAGCAAAGACAGUGAUCCUUAAAAGAUCUAUGUUGUGAGCAGAAAUGGGCAAAGCUGGUGAAUACUGGGACUGCUGGAGGGACUUCUGAUAUAUAUGUUGAUUGAUUCCUUUUUUAUUUUAUGAUUUUUUAAAUAUAGUAUAAAAAUCCUUU